AAAAGCAUCAGGGCGGCAGCUGAAGCAGAGUGGAUCCUGCGCGGUUUAGGAUAGGGAGUCAGGCUGCAGUUCAUUAAGAGGUCAGAGGUCAUCAGAGACAACAAUAGAAUGGCAAGGAUGAGUUGUCAAAUAGUGAGAACCUUCGCCGUAAUCUUAAGUGUCAUGAAGGGCAUCUUGGCUCAAGAUGAGACUGAGUGGACCACAUGGUUCAAUGUGGACCACCCUGGCGGACAGGGUGACUACGAGCAGCUGGACGCUAUUCGCUUCUACUAUUCCAAUCGCGUAUGUGCAUCGCCCAUCGCCCUGGAAGCCCGCACCACCACCUGGGUCCCGGCAAGCAGCACAGGGGAGAGGGUGCACGUAGACCCGGCACGGGGAUUCUGGUGUGUCAACUCCGAGCAGCCGCCAGGCCGAAACUGUUCCAACUACACUGUGCGCUUCCUGUGCCCCAGAGGAACCCUUGGAUCCCUAGUUCAAGAAGCCUGGGGUCCGUGGUCGGAGUGGAGCCAGUGCUCCGCCCCAUGUGGCCAGAUGGCCGUUCAAGUGCGCUCCAGGAACUGUAAUUCACAUUCCCGGCACUGGGAGCAGCAUUGUGCUGGCCCAGCAGUGAAGGGCAGGAUGUGCAAAGGACCUGCAUGCCAGGAGUGUGCCCUGGAUUGUGCGAUGGGGAAACCGAAUGCAGAAUGCAGUGCUUGUCAUUGUGAGGACCACCUCGUCCUGGGUUCAGUUCGCAGUGCUGGGGGGCUCCCUGCACCUGGGGCAGCUCUCCUCUGGGCUGGGAACACUCAGAAACUUCUUGCUGUCACCGACCACAACGGCCACUUUCGCCUCCCAGGGAUCUGUCCCAAUGGCAACACUACGUUAGUGGUCCGCCUGCAGAGGCACUUGCCGCUCACCUUUGUUGUGCCCUACAGUGCAGAGCGCACCUCAGUCCUCCACCUCAAAUUGGAGAGACAAGAGAGCCUUUACAUGCAAAGCCACCCUGAGGACAAAGUCAGGAGAGUGGGCCAGAUGUCCGCCUUCUGCUGCAAUGUAGCAGGGAUGCCUGGUCCUAAUCAAUACCAGUGGUUCCACAAUGACACCUUGCUGGAGAAGGCAGAGCUGCAGUACGACAGCACCCUGGUGCUGAAGAACCUGAGAUUGGACCAGGCGGGUGACUACUACUGCAGGGCAAGCAAUGAGGCUGGAGCCAUCAAAUCCAAGUCAGCCAAACUUACAGUUACAGGUCAUGACGAACCUUCCUGCAAUGCUAAACCUGAGACGUACUUGGUCCGUCUUCCCCAUGACUGCUUUCAAAACAAGAGCCAGCCUUUGUACUACAACGUUGGUAAAUGCCCUUCUGGGGCAUGCGUGGGGCGGCUGGACAACUGGCUUCGUUGCAAGGACUUGGUUGCGUACUGCUGUGGAUCAGUGAAGACAGAGAUGAGGCAGAUCUCUUGCCAGGGCUACCAGCUGCCAAUCAUGGUAGUCACCCAGUGUGGAUGCCAGAAGUGUAUAGACACCAAGGCCAUAGUGCGGGGACGGGCUGCUGCAGCAGACAAUGAAGAACCUUUGAGAUUUGGACACAUCUUCAUGAAUGGUGUAAGGGUCAGCCGCACAGGCUACACAGGCACCUUCUCCAUCCAGGUGCCACUAGACAUUGAAAGGCUGGUCCUGACUUUUGUAGACAAAAUGCAGAAGUUUGUGAAUACCACCAAGAUUCUGCCAUACAACAAAAAAGGGGGAUCAGUGUACCACGAGAUUAAAAUGUUCAGGAAAAAGGAGCCAAUGACCCUGCAGUCAUCAGAGACUAACACAAUCCAGUUGGGAGAAGUUGAAGGCGAAGAUCCCAUAGCUGAACUCCAAAUCCUACCCAAUGAAUUCUACCGAGAAAAUGGGGAGGUGUUUAUUGGCAAUGUGUCCACCAGCAUCACUUUUUUGGACCCCAGAGAUGUGUCGACAGCAUCUGCUGCUCAAAGUGACCUUAAUUUUGUCAGUGGGGAAGGCGACAUACUUCCUCUGAGAACGUAUGGUAUGUUCUCUGUGGAUUUUCGUGACAGUGAAGCUGGUGAACCUCUGAAUGUGGGUAAGGUCCAGGUGUUGCUGGACUUAGCCCAGGUGAAAAUUAAAGAGCAUAUAAACGCAAUGAAGCUGUGGUCUUUGAACCCCAAUACUGGCCUGUGGGAGCAGGAAGGGGAGUUCUAUGAGAAAAAAAUCAGAAGGAGAAAGCGGGAAGAGCGCACUUUCCUUAUAGGAAAUAUGCAAAUCAGGGAGAGAAGGCUGUUCAACAUUGAUGUGCCAGAGAGCAGGAUGUGUUACAUAAAGGUGCGGACCUUCCGCAGUGAUCGGUUCAUGCCCAGUGAGCAGGUAGAAGGGGUGGUGGUGACGCUCAUCAACAUGGAACCAUCACCUGGAUUUUCUUCUAAUCCUCGGGCCUGGGGCAGGUUUGACAGUGUAAUCACUGGACCAGACGGUGCCUGUGUUCCUGCUUUCUGUGAUGAUCAGAGAGUUGAUGCUUACUCUGCAUUUGUCACAGCCAGCCUUGGUGGAGAGGAGUUGGAAGCAGUAGCGUCUACAAAGACCACCCCAAAAGCCACUGGAGUCCCCCAGGCCCUUCUGAGCAAAUUUAACUACCGUCGGACAGAUCAUGAUGAUUCCAGACUGAAGAAAACAGCUUUCAGUGUCAAUGUCGCCAAGCCAAACUCCAACAGAACUGAAGAGAGAAAUGGCCCUAUUUAUGCACUUGAAAAUCUGAAGGAGUGUGAAGAGGCUCCAUUUAGCUCAGCGCACUUUCGCUUUUAUAGGGUGGAAGGUGAUCAUUACGAUUACAACACCGUGCCUUUCACUGAGGAUGACCCCAUGAGCUGGACAGAGCACUAUUUGAGCUGGUGGCCCAAGCCGAUGGAGUACCGAGCCUGCUACCUCAAGGUCAAGAUCAAUGGUCCCCAUGAAAUCAAUGUGCGUUCCCAAAACAUGGGUGGCACCCAUCCACAGACAGUUGGCAAGCUUUACGGCAUCAGGGACAGCCGGAGCAUCCGCGACAUGAAGAAGCCAAACGUAUCAGCGGUGUGUUUGGAGUUCAAGUGCAGCGGGAUGCUGUAUGACCAGGAUCGUGCAGAUCGCACUCUUGUCAAGGUCCUCCCCCAAGGCAGCUGCAAACGUGACAGUGUGGGUUCCUUGUUGCAAGAGUACCUGAUAAACCACCUACCACUGGCUGUCAACAAUGACACCAGCGAGUUUACCAUGCUGUCACCACUGGACCCACUGGGUCACAAUUAUGGCAUCUACACUGUCACUGACCAGGAUCCCCGCACGGCCAAAGAAAUUGCUCUAGGGCGCUGCUUUGAUGGCACUUCCGAUGGCGCCUCUCGGGUUAUGAAGACCAGCGAAGGAGUUGCGGUCACCUUUACUUGUGCACACAGAAAGGUGACCCACCAGAGCACCUUCCAGAUACUUCAGAACUUUACUCGACAGUUCCUGAUGAGCCCUGUGCGGGAUGGUAGGAGCAACAGAAGACGGCGGAUAGGAUUAGGUGCUGGGCGUACUCUCCGUACACAAGAUUCUUGGAAUUCUGCUCCCACACCGAGAAGUGUAGGCUGAGCACUGCAGCAGAGCCAUGACUGUCCCACAUCAAGAAUGCUCUAGGAUGUGAGCUCCUCACAUGUCAUCAAGCACUUUCUCAUAAAUACACAAGGCUAAAUCGCACAGGAAAUGGGGUAGAAGUGAUAACUCACAUGCUCAAGUUGUGUGACUUUCCACAUACAGUGGUGAAGAAGAUCUUAAUCCCUGCUGUGGACAAUCAUGUACAGCAUCAGAAUAACUAAUCUGUUAUUACAAUAUAAUAUACAUCUUUUGAUAGAUCACUGUGUUUUUCACUAGAAAUGUUUCUAAAAAGAUGGUUUUUGACCUUUUUUUAAAAAAAACGUUAUCCAAUUAAGAGAACUAGAUUUAUUUCAGUGAAAUGCACAUUCAAGAGUUUCCCACAUUAUGGCUGCAAGAAACAGAAGAGCACAUGGAACACUUCCAAAGCUUUGGAAGCCCCCAUCCUUAAAGUUGCAUCAGGCUGCUUUAUUCAUGUAACACAGCUAAUUGUUGGGCUCCAUGAAAAUGAAUAUUUCAAUAUUUUCACGAGCAGUGUUGGAUGUGUUACUUGAAAAUUGUACCAUUGCAAACCUAAAAAAUAUCACUUCCAGUGCUAGUUCUAUGUAUUAUGUUGCAUUAAAAGUAAUUUUUUUUAUAUUACAUUUGAGCAAAAAUAUAGACGAUGCAAGGUUUAAUUGUAAUCCAGACUUGAACCAAUACCAUACAUUGAUGGCGAGUACAAACAAUUUGAUA